CCCUUUCAAACAAAAUUUGGAAUCGCUCAUGCAGGACUGAUUUUGGAUUUCACGUUUCGAGGACACCCUGUCCCAAGACUCAAGAGCGGCCGGAUCAGUGGGUUAGGACUACUUUCUCUUUCUGUGCGUAGACCACUGCAGUUGAUCAGGCAUCUGCAUCAUUGCUACCGUACAUGCAGCGGGAGUUGCAUCUUCAUGAUGGCCACGCUUGACGCAGCUUCCAGCCUUGUCGAUACAGACAAAAGAGGAGAAGCACUGCCUGUGAUCGACUGCCUGGGCGACGAUCUGCUGUGCUUGGUGCUGGGGCGCUUGAGCACGCGGCCGCUGCUGCAGUCUCCCGCGCUGGUCUGCAAGCGCUGGUCGCAGCUGUGCAAGGCGCUGGUCACUGUAUUCUCCCCCCCUCGCUUCCUGGCAAAACUACCCGCGUCCAAGAGCAGCACCUGGCUGCACCUACGUGGCCCCGAGGCGGCGCGGAUAGUGGAGCGCCAUGCAGCCACUCUUGAGACGCUGGACCUGCGCUACCUGGGGGCUGCAGCCAAGCACAGCCCGAGUAGCGAAGAACGAAUCCUUCUCCCCCGCCUGCCGCGCCUGCGCACCAUGGUCCUCCCUGCGCUGGAGUUCGGCCGCCAGCUCGAUCUGACGGUCCUGCCCCGCAGCCUCACCACACUGCGUUUCGCUUUUGAACCCCACUCCUACGCCACCCCGGCCGCCCUGCCCACCUGCGCCUGGUGCUGGCUCGACAACGCCGGCCUGCGCACAAUCCGCGAGCGGUGCCCCAACCUGGAGAGUGUGGCAUUUGGGGUUUGCCAUGAUCGCAUCACCACGACGGACACACGCCCCUUCCUGGCGGCCCUCUCCCCCACCCUCAAGACUGUCUCCCUCCAGUACGGUGAGGUGGAGGGGGUCCAGGACCGUACGCUGCGCCUGUGGGACGAUCUAGCCUUUAUCCUCCGCACAUGCCAGUGCCUCGAAAGUUUGGAAGUACAGGGCCCGGUGUUCCGCCUCUAUCCCGAGAUCUCUGGCUGGGCAGACGGGCCAACACGUGAACCCCCGGCUCUGUCGUUCCCACCGCGGUUGCGUGAGCUGCGGCUGCUGGAGCAAGGGGAUACGCGCAACCGUUUCACUCAGUACGGGCUGCGCCUGCUUGAGCCGGCAGUGCGUGCGCAAGGCCACCAGCUGCACGCCUUCCAGGCCAGCGCAAACCAGAUCGAUGGGCCUGAGCGUUGGGACUGGUCGUGGACCCCCAACCUGCGCGUGCUGGACUGGGGCAACACGUUCUGGAUGCGCGCCUCCAACAUCCGAUUCUCCAAGAGGGCGGCCCGGAGCCUUCUAGAGACUCUGCUUCUGCUCCCCCGGUUGGAGCGGGUUGUGCUGGCGGAUGCCACCGACGAGAUGCUGGUGGCGCUCGGGCAGCACUGCCCGCGCCUGCGCGAGAUCCACAUCCAUGGCCCAGAGUUCGCUUUGCGGCCGGUCGAGGGGCUUCCCCGGUACCCGCGGGUGGAGGAGGUGACCAACCGGGGUGUCAUCGCGCUCGCAGAGGGCUGCCCCCACCUUCGCGUGGUCGACGUCGGCCACAGCCUCGUGAGCGUGGGGGCGGUGCGCGCGCUGGCCUUCCACUGCCGGGAACUGCAAGUGCUGAUUCUUACCGGCUGCCGGCCCACCCCGACGCUGCCCGGCAUUGCGGACGACGCGGUGGUGGCGCUGCUGCCCCGCCUCGGCUCGUGCCUGCACCUGCUCGACCUGGCGGGCACCGGGGUCACGGCCGCCGCGCUCCAAGCAAUCGCCGACUGGGGACAGGAGCAUCCGUUCCCGCUGCGCGUCCUGGUGCUCCCCUCGCGGCCGGCCAUCCAGAAGUCGAGCUGGGCUGCGCAGCUGAAGGCGCGGCCCGGCCUGGACGUCAGGUUCGGCUCGUCGGGUAUCCGCUGGGCCGGGCUUCAUGAGAGCCCGCUCCUGGAGGACUAGUACGACGUAAGGUGUCGAUGUUAUAUAAUGAGGUGAGUAUAUCACGACGUUCGGUUCCACGCGCGCUGAUUGAGUAGAAUAUGUCGAGGAAACAUUGCAAAUCCUCGUGAUAUAUGCACGUUUGUGCAGAUCAAGGUCAAAGCAGCCGUAAUUAGCGACUGCGCAUCUGCGCAAUGCGACACUUAGCUUUGUUUCUUAGUUUCGGAAGGAGAGAUGAAAGAACAGAAGGGAUAGUAUCGCUUUGCAGCCCGAUGCCAGAGCUCAACAUUGAACAAGUCAUGAAGAUCAUUAAGGAUCCAAUGAAUGAGGAUAUAAGCCCGGGAGUCCAGUAACGUUGUGGGCCCGUAAAGAAACAAACAUAACCACAUUAAAGUCAGAGCGGUUCCGACCUGGUCUCCCUUCAAAGAAUGAAAGUUCUGCAAUGAACGUUCCAACGUCCCAAUCGAAACUGGCCAGAGCGCGGUUCCUGUCGCAAUAUCACUCUUCUGAACAUUGUGGUUCGAUUCGAAGAUCAACUUGAAUACAGUGUUAGUGGCCAGCGCUUCUACUUAAUUCAAUAAUCAU